AUGGGAAUGAACUUAAUUAUCAAUGCCGCAAAGAGGGAAACCAGAGGACCAAAGACAACCUCCGGGAUAUACCUACCAUCCAAUAGAGGUUUUAUGGAUGACCUCACGGUAACUACAACGACACACGUGCAAGCUCGUUGGGUUCUUAGAGCAUUGGAUGAGACAGUGACUUGGGCAAGAAUGAAGUUCAAACCAAAGAAAUCGAGGAGCUUGGUAAUCAAGAAGGGAAAGGUUACUCAAAGGUUCACCCUCCAGGUACAGAGCGAAGACAUACCAUCCAUAGUAGACAAUCCUAUCAAAUGCCUAGGAAAAUGGUACGAUGCCAGCCUUAAUGACACAAGCAGCACAAACCGCACCAAGAACCAACUCCAAGAAGGUCUGAAGCAGAUAGACCAGACAUCACUUCCUGGGAAAUUCAAGGCAUGGUUAUACCAACAUGGAUUGUUACCAAGACUCAUGUGGCCUCUAAUGCUGUAUGAGAUAGCAGUUUCUACUGUGGAAGGCUUUGAAAGAACCAUCAACAGAUACCUCCUUGUUGAGGAGUACAAUGUUGCUAAGGCCAGGAUGGUGGUGACACUGAAAGAAUCUUCUGAUGACCUGAUCAGGAUGGCAGGCAUAGAGACUAGAACCGGAAGGAAGUGGUCUGCAAGCCAGGCGGUGUCCCAAGCUGAAAGUAUACUGAGACACAAAGACAUCGUCGGAACUACUACGGAGGGCAGACAAGGGCUUGGUAUGAUAAAACCACAGCGAUGGAGUACGGCAGAUAAAAGGGAAAGGAGUCAGAUGGUGCAGAAGGAAAUCAGGGCGAGCGAAGAGGAGAGCAGAAGAGCCCGUUCAGUUGAAAUGGGUGGACAAUGUGCCUGGAACAAAUGGACAACAACAGAGAGGAAGUUGACUUUGGCAGACAUCUGGCAGUAUGAGCCGCUAAGACUCAAAUUCCUGUUAAGGUCAGUUUACGACCUGCUGCCAUCCCCAACCAACCUCCACAGAUGGGGUCUAGUGGAAGACCCAAGUUGCAGUCUUUGUAACAAGCCAGGCACCAUGGAGAACAUCCUGUCAUCAUGUCAGACUUCGCUGACACAGGGCCGCUACAGAUGGAGACAUGAUGCUGUCCUUAGGGAGCUAGCAGAUGUACUUGAGCGCGAGAGAAGGAAGAAAAGAAUAGCAAAGAAAACAGCAUCUACAAAGAUCAACUUUGUCAAGGCAGGGGAAACAACCACAAAGCAAGCUCCUAGAAACACGUCGAUCUUAGAUGAAUCAGACCAAUGGGAGAUGAAAGUCGACUUAGGGAAGAAGUUGGUCUUUCCCGAGAUCCUCCAAACUACACUGAGGCCUGACAUAGUGAUAUGGUCCACCAAACACAAGAAGCUGGUGACCAUUGAACUCACCGUCCCAUGGGAAUCAAGGUGCGACAUGGCAUAUGAGCGGAAGAAAGCCAAAUACACUGAUCUCUUAGACCAGUGCAGUUCCCGCGGUUGGAAAACAUGGCUGUUCCCGAUCGAAAUUGUCGCCAGAGGCCUUUUCGCACAAUCACUGUGGAGGAUGCUAAGUGCCCUAGGAAUCAGGGGAGGAGAGAGAAAGAGAGCUGUUGGGAGACUAGGUCAAGCAGCAGAGAGAGCGUCCAGUUGGCUAUGGAUUAAGAGGGAGGAGAAGAGCUGGCAGCUAACCACUGACCCGUAG